AUUCGAGUGAAUCGCAACCAACACAUUUCAGAAGAAGAAAUCCAGGGGUCCUAUCGAUAUUUACAAAUUGAUCAAGGAGCGCUUCUUGACGGACAUUUGGGUUGGCGAUGGACACAUUUGAUGGCGGUGCCAGUGAAAACACCAAUGAAGCCAAGACUGUUGGUGCGCAGAGCCUGUAUGCGACGCUCGGCUUGUCAUCAAAAGAUGUGGAUGCACUUGCUCAGAUUCCUGAAAGUGAAAUUAGUGUAGAAACCCUCCCUCAUCUAAUCAUGCAGCUCAAAUCGAAGAGAGCCCAUAAUGAGUCAGCUACCGCAGACACCGACUUCAGAGACAAGUCCAGAAUUUCACAGGACAAGCUGAAUACACCCGAAAGAUGCACCAGUGACAGAUGCAGAAGCCCCUUGACUUCCAGCUCAGCGCAGCGCUCUGGGAGCCAUCAUGGGAGAGGGGAGGGGCAUAGGAAGGUUGAGAAGUACAACCUAAUCCCAGGAGGAAGAAAAGACCUGGGCUACAGGAAGUCAUCCCGGGAAAGACAAAGCGGGCAUCAUGUGACUGAGGAUACGGAGUCUGGUGACAUCCCAAUGGUUUUCCCACACAAAUGCUCUCUUUGCAAGUGUGUGCUGAAUUCCAUGAAGACAUGGAAAGACCAUCUUUCAGGUGUCCGCCACAAAUUACAUGAAUCGGAACGAAGUACUCGCUCAUUUCCACCCCCUAAAAGACCCUGCAACUCUGACUGGGAUCAGUACAUGUCCACCACAUCAGACCACCUCUACCCUCCUAAGCCCAAUACAAGAGUGGUAGUUGCCAAAUUUCCUAUGGGUGCUGUGGCCGUGGGGGAGCUUUUAGAGCUUGGCAAACCAUUCGGCACAAUUGUGAAACACCUGGUGUUCCCAGCAAAGGGAUUUUUGGAGUUUAAUUCUCACAAGGAGGCUCAGAAUAUGGUCAGUCACUUCCAGUUGAAACCAGCCUUCAUAAAGGAGAACCCAGUAAUCCUCUACUUAUCACCAACAGUGGAAGGCAUUUUUACACCACUCAAGUUUGAUGUGCCUUCACCAAAACGAACAAAACGUUCAAAUGCGCCUUCGGUGGUUUGUUUUUCACGUUUGCCUCCCGGGGAGGACGUGGAGGCUGAAGUGCUGGAGCUUGCAGGCAUGUUUGGUGAGGUGUGGCAGUCAAAGUUCACUGACAGUAAGGCCUUGAUUGAGAUGGUUGACUGGCGUGAUGCUGACAUCAUGGUGAAGUAUUACUACAGUAACCCACUGAGGAUUCAGGGCAAAAGUGUUAAAGUGUCCAUGUCGCACAUCACAACCCUGAGAGAAAAUAGUCCAGAGUCUGUGACCAGAAAAUCUGACUCAAGCAAGUACAGCAGACAAAGAGAAGAGUCUAUAUCUAGCAACAAGGACAAAAGUGACAGCUCAAACCAGGAAGCCACAGAGAAAGAAGACGAGUUGAUGGAAAGUGAAGACAAGGUUCUCGAUGAUGAGGAGGGAAUUCAGUUGGAGGAUGAACCUGGGCUGCUUAAUGAGGGGUCAGAAGACAUUGUGGUUAAAACUGAGGAGAAAGAAAAAAAGGAAGAGGAGGAAAAGAUGGAAGAGGAGAAACCUACCACUGCUGAGGAGGAGAAUAGAGAGAGAGGUUCAGAGCAGAAUCAAGAGGAAGAGGGUGAUUUGGAUGAUGCAGAAUUUCCAGAGAACAUAGAAGAUUUUGUUACAUUAGAUGAGCUGGACAACAAUGCAGGAGAUUCUACUGUGCCAAAGGAUAGUAAAGUAGUGGUGGUGUGGCCUGUAAAGAAGACGCCUGACUUGAUGAAGGAUCUUUACAGUUUGUCUGCACCCUUUGGCAGUAUGGUGAAGCAUUCUUUAUCCACAUUCAAACAAGAGGCUAUGAUCGAACUGGAAACAGCUGAAAACGCCCAGGAAAUGGUGCAGUUCUACAGCAAUCACAAGGCAACGAUAUGUGGCAGGCCGGUGUUUGUUUCCAUGUGCCUUACCAUGAAAACAAUAGAGAGCCCUAGUGGGAGGUCUGUUUUCAUCAGCUGUCUUCCCAACCAGAGGUACCUACGACAGAAAUACACAGACAAAUCCCUCUUCAAACUGACUAAACCUUUUGGAAAACUGACUGGCUACUCUCUGAACAGGUAUCAAGGAACGUGUUACAUGCAACUGGAAAGUACAAAGGCAGCUGAAAAAAUGGUUGCACAGUACAGUCGGAGGCUUUGCAAAUUUUGGGGGUCGGUGCUGAAGAUAGCUAUGUGCAGGAAAGGGGAUUCUCUGAUUCGCUGGAGAUACCCUGAAAAUGCAGAGGAAAGAGAGUUAAAAAAGGAAACAAAAGAAAUAAAACCAAGCACCGAAAGGACAGAAAAUGACCAGAACCAGCACAGUUCUUUACCGGAUUGUGAAGGUGUUGGUGGGGAUCCAGUUUGUGAAACUAAAGGUUCGGAAGAGAAUAGUCAGCUGGACAAAACCCCUCUGAACCCUUAUCAACCAGACCAAAUUGUGGGUGUGAACUACGUCAUCCCAGUGACUGGUUUCUUUUGCAAGCUGUGUAACAUAUUCUACACUGAUGAGAAGAGAGCAAAAUCAGAGCACUGCCGCAGCUUUGAACACUACAACAACAUCAAGCUUAAACAUGCUGAAGUGGUGGAAGAGGCAGAUGGACACCCAGAUGGCUGAGUGAAAGAAGACAAAGACAUUGUACUUUUGCGCCAUUGUUUUUUAUUUGUUUUCAUUCCAGUUAGUUUCCAUAUUCUUUCUGUUCAAUUGUUACAAGAGUGAGUGAGUGUAUGUGUGAGGCAGAUUUUGUGGACAAAAUUGUGUAGCCAUUGUGAUGGUUUGGAUGUUUAAUAGUAAGCAGAACGAACAUGUAUAUCAGCUGAAGGAGAAUGUUACGCUAAGCUCUUGAAAUAAACUCAUGUUUGUUUACUGUCACCUGUAUGCAUAGUAUGAAAGCUUUUCCAUUUCUACCUUGAUAAGAGCAGGUUACCAUUAGUUAUGCAAGCCACUUAAGUGUUCAUGACCGGUAAUGAAAUACACUGUGUGUGAGAGUGCAGGUUUACUUUGACAUAACACUGAAAUCUAAAAUGCUUAAACCUCAC